AUGUCGGUCGAAAUAGAACCCGGCGAGCUCGGCUUCAAGCGCCCAUUCACUAAAGAAGUCACUGAGAUUCUCUACUUGCGGAAUCCUAACAGUGAUCCCGUUGCCUUCAAAGUCAAAACUACUGCGCCCAAACAUUACUGUGUUCGCCCUAAUUCUGGCCGCAUCGAGCCUGGGAAGCAAGUUGAAGUCCAGGUUCUUCUUCAGGCCAUGAAAGAAGACCCUCCACUUGAUGCCAAAUGCCGCGAUAAGUUUCUGGUCCAAUCUGUUGCCGUCUCCGCCGAUAAGGAGUUCUCGAAUGUUGCCUCUAUUUGGCAGGAUGUUGAAAAGAAGUCCAAAUCUCUUAUUCAAGAGCGCAAAAUCCGGGUCAACUUCCUACCAAGUGACGACUCGCAUACCAAUGGAGUGGAGCCUGAUUCCGAGCCACAUGCCCAGUCUUCUCCCCAUGCGCCUCAGUUUACCACCCCGGUUGUGCAGCGCACCGUUGGUAGUGGCCCCACACCUCCUAAAUCCGAGGAUAUGAAGCAUGAAAGCCCGCCCGAGCCAUCAUCUGAGCCGACCAACACUUUCGGCAUGGCUACUUCCUCUACUCGCGUUGAGCCCUCUCAAUCAAGUGACGACCUUUUGUCCUCCCAAUUAGCGGAAGCAAGGCUGCAGAUCAAACAACUACAACAGCAGAUAGCCGAUAACGAAGUGAGACAGAGAAAGAAGCCUGUCGAAGGUGGAGAACUUUCUACAAACCAAUCUUCUCUCAAGCAAGCACAACCUCCUACUCAAUUGGCUGCGGCGGGUGGUGUCCCUUUGCAAGCCGUGGCUGGUCUCUGUCUUCUCAGUUUCUUGCUAGCGUACAUCUUCUUCUAG